AUGCGGCGACCGUCACUCCUGCUGCUGCUCUUGCUGCUCAGGCACGGGGCCCGGGGCAAGCCCUCCCCGGAGGCCAGCCCGCACGGCCAGGCACGCGUGCACCACCAGGCCCCCCUGAGCGAGGCCACUCACGAUGAUGCCCAUGGGAACUUCCAGUACGACCACGAGGCUUUCCUGGGACGAGAUGUGGCCAAGGAGUUCGACCAGCUCAGCCCAGAGGAAAGCCAGGCCCGCCUGGGGCGCAUCGUGGACCGCAUGGACCGCGCGGGGGACGGGGACGGCUGGGUGUCGCUAGCCGAGCUCCGCGCGUGGAUCGCGCACACGCAGCAGCGGCACAUACGGGACUCGGUGAGCGCGGCCUGGCACACGUACGACACGGACGGCGACGGGCGAGUGGGUUGGGAGGAGCUGCGCAAUGCCACCUAUGGCUACUACGCGCCUGGCGAGGAAUUCCACGACGUGGAGGACGCCGAGACCUACAAGAAGAUGCUGGCGCGGGACGAGCGGCGCUUCCGCGUGGCCGACCAGGACGGGGACCUGGUGGCCACGCGGGAGGAGCUGACGGCCUUCCUGCACCCGGAGGAGUUCCCGCACAUGCGGGACAUCGUGGUGGCGGAGACGCUGGAGGACCUGGACAGGAACAAGGACGGCUACAUCCAGGUGGACGAGUACAUCGCGGACCUGUACUCGCCCGAGGCCGGGGAGGAGGAGCCGGCCUGGGUGCAGACGGAGCGGGAGCAGUUCCGGGACUUCCGGGACCUGAACCACGACGGGCGGCUGGACGGCAGCGAGGUGGGCCACUGGGUGCUGCCCCCCGCCCAGGACCAGCCGCUGGUGGAGGCCAACCACCUGCUGCACGAGAGCGACACGGACAAGGACGGGCGGCUGAGUAAGGCGGAGAUCCUGGGCAACUGGAACAUGUUCGUGGGCAGCCAGGCCACCAACUACGGCGAGGACCUGACCCGCCACCACGACGAGCUGUGA